AUGGCGUUAGCAUCUUCAGCAAGCGAAACAAUCGCUGCAAUGAAGGCAGCACAAAAAUAUUUAUAUCAAUGUGGUGGUCCAAUUUUAAUGCUUAUCGGUACGAUCGGUUGCAUGUUGAAUUUAAUUGUAUUUACUCAAAAAGCUCUACGAAAAAAUCCAUGCUCAAUCUAUUUUAUUGCAUAUAAUGUGGCUAAUUUUCUAUACAUUUAUUCUUCAUUAUUGGCUUUAACAUUGAGUGUAGGAUAUAGUAUUGAUGUUAGUAUAUAUAACCUAAUUAUCUGUCGUUUACGUCUUUAUACCGUUAGUUUAUUUAAUACUUUGAGUCCAUUUUAUUUAAUUUUGGCUUCUGUUGAUCGAAUUUUUGUUACUUCAUCAAAUGCUCUUACACGACAACGAAGUACUCGCCGUUUUGCUUAUUUAUGUAUUUUAAUUGGAACAUUAUUUUGGGCAUUAUUUCAUAGUCACGCAUUAAUCGCCUCGAAUAUUAGACAACUUGCUCCUAAUGCGUUUCUUUGUUAUUUUCAACAAGGUAUUCAUCUUGUUUUCGUUAGUUAUUACGCCGUCAUCAAAGAAACUUCGACACUUUUAUUAAUGAUCAUAUGUGGAUUGUGGUCUGUAAAGAAUAUUCGAAACAUACAGCAUGUUAGAGGCGUUACUAAUCUCUCUACCAGUCGAACUACUACAGAAGGUAACUCACAUUCAGCUUCUUCAAAAGAUCGACAACUUAUUUUUAUGUUACUUUUGGAUAUCAUUAUCUGUGCCUCAUUUAGUUUUGCGUUUGCAAUUUUUCUUAUGUAUCAACAAAUAACACAAAAUUAUACAAAAAGUUCUGAUCAAAUACAAAUUGAAAAUAUUGUUAGAAAUCUAUGUCUAUUUAGUGCUGGUAUACCAUUCUGUACUAGUUGUUAUGCAAAUUUAAUCGUAUCGAAAACCUUUCGAUAUGAAGCGAAGAAAGCACUUUCAUGGAAACGAAUUUUUUGCAUCCAUUGA